AUGACUGCCAAUAUCCCGGAGAUCAUCCUGCUCUGCCAGGACGCAGACUUUAUCACCGCCUUAGAAACAGCGCAGCAAGAGCACUGGCCCGAAUUACCAUCAAAGCUCACGAUCACCCCUAUUAACUCGCGCCUGAACCGCCUCGACCCCUUAGUAACCUUCGACCUGAUCGUCUCACCCGCGAACUCAUAUGGCCGUCUAGAUGGAGGCUUUGACGACGCUAUCUCAUUAGCCUUCAGCCCGCGCGAUGACUACGAAGCUCUGAUGCGCGUAGUGCAGCUAGAGCUAUACGAGAAAUGGCGAGGAUUCGCGCCGCCAGGCACAUGCACGCUUGUACAGUUCCCUAUGCCGCUUUUACAGAAUUCCCGGCGCUGUGCCUGGGUGGCUAUCUGUCCAACUAUGCGAGAGCCGAUGAAUGUUGUCUGGGACCGAGAGGUUGUCUAUGAGAGUGUCUGGAGUUUGUUAUGUGAGGUCGAGGGGCAUAAUCGGGCUUCUGAAGAGAAAAUUAAUCGUCUCUUAAUAACGCCCCAGGCUGCCGGUAUUGGGAAGGUUAGUAAGGAGCGUUGGUCGGCGCAGAUGGUGCUUGCAAUGAAACAUUUUGUGGACGCAGUCGAAAGGCCGGAGCGGUGGAGUCGAAUGCAGUGGAAUGAGAUCAUGAAGGAUUGUGACGAAGUUGCGACGACAUGGAAGACAAAGGAGUAG